GAUAAAAGAAGAUGGAAAAAAAAGAGAGGAGGAACUCCCAGCUCCUUGUAAUUUGCUGCGGGAGAGAGGGAGGAGGAGUCAAGGGGAGGGGAAUACCCAGCAGGGAGGGAGCAGUAGCGAGCAGAGGCCAUUCACUCUGACACACACACACACACACUCGCAUGCAAACACACACAUGAACACUUUCAGACACGUAUACACACACACACACACACACACACACACACACACACACACACACACACACACACACACACACACACACACACACACACACACACACACACACACACACAUGCAUGCGGUGGAUGUGUGGCCGAAGGAGAGAGGGAGUGAGAAAGAGAGGCAUUCAGACAGAGGAGAUCCUUAGCAAACUGAAGUGAGAGAAAGAAAAGACAUCAGCCAGGGGAGUGUGUUUGUAUGUGUGUGUGUGUGUGUGUGUGUGUGUCUGUGUGUGUGUCCAGGAGAAAACCGGAGAGUGUUUGCUCCAGUGUGUAUUUUGGUGGAGCUGACUGCACGUUUGCUCCCAGAAGAAAAGGACUCGCAAUGAUUUAGGAAACCUAAGGAAAUCUCUCCAGGCUUUUGCUGGGAAACAGUGUUUGGAAUAUGUGACAUGCUCAAGAAAUCCUGUUUACCUUUUGAAAUCUGAGUCUAAAAGACUAAUUCAGUCUCGUCUCUGGUAAAUUGGAGCCAGAAACCACCAUGCCUACCGACGAUUACAACUACCUGCCUGAUGUGUUGCCUCCUCUCCCUGAAGUCCCGGACCCCGGCUCGGUCCUGAGCUCCGUUGACAUUCCGGCGCGCUGCCUCCGCAACCCGGCCUUCCGCCACACCUCCUCGCGCUACUGCUCCGCCCUCAGCAUGGACUCCUGCCCCGACAGCGCCGAAAGGCCCAUCAGCUACAGCUCUACCUCUUCCUCAGCGUCUUCCCGCGACAGUCGCUGCUCGCUGGGGAGCCGCUCCGCCCUGGCCCCCGCCCCGCACUGCAACGCGGUGCAACCGGACCGGGACUCGGGGGCCAUUCGGCUGGAACUGGUCCCCGCCCGGCAGCUGGGGUGCCGGGAGGAAGACGCCAGAAAUGAGGCGCGGGUGGAAACGGGGGCGGGACGAGGGAGACCGAGCGGUGGACAGACACUGACGGAACAUUCGGAGCCCGAGGUGGGUCCAGAUGGACCAGGAGGGCAAACGGGUCAGGUGCAGGCACCCAGGACGUAUGUGGACCGGGUGGUGCAGGAGAUCCUGGACACGGAGAGAACCUACGUCCAGGACCUGCGCAGCAUUGUGGAGGACUACUUGGAGUGUAUCAGUAAUCAGUCUCGGCUGGCCUUGAGCUCUGAGGAUAAAGGCUCCCUUUUUGGCAACAUCCAGGACAUCUACCACUUUAACAGGAAUCUUCUUCAUGAUCUUGAGAAGUGCAACGCUGACCCCGUCGCUAUCGCAGACUGCUUCGUAUCCAAGAGUGAAGAGUUCCACAUUUACACCCAGUACUGCACCAACUACCCGCGGUCGGUGGCUGUGCUAACGGAGUGCAUGAGGAACAAGGCGUUGGCCAAGUUUCUUCGCGAGCGCCAGGAAUCUCUGAAGCACUCCCUGCCCUUGGGCUCUUACCUGCUCAAGCCGGUGCAGAGGAUCCUCAAGUACCACCUACUGCUGCACGAGAUAGCCAACCGCAUGGAGAAGGACACAGAGACCUACGAGGUUGUGCAGGAAGCCAUAGACACCAUGCAGAGAGUGGCCUGGCACAUCAACGACAUGAAGAGGAAGCACGAGCACGCCGUUAGGUUGCAGGAAAUCCAGAGCUUGCUGACCAACUGGAAGGGCCCUGAUCUCAUCGGCUACGGAGAGCUGGUUCUGGAAGGAACAUUUCGUCUGCAGCGAGCCAAAAACGAGAGAACUCUCUUUCUGUUCGACAAGCUUCUGCUCAUCACCAAGAAAAGAGAAGAAACCUACACGUACAAGGCUCACAUACUGUGCUGUAACCUGAUGCUUGUGGAAGUUAUUCCAAAAGAACCACUGAGUUUCAGUGUGUUUCACUACAAGAAUCCCAAGCUCCAGCACACGGUCCAGGCCAAGUCCCAACCAGACAAGCGCAUGUGGAUCUUGCACCUCAAGAGGCUCAUACUUGAAAACCAUCCGGCCAAGAUCCCAGCCAAGGCAAAGCAAGCAAUUUUGGAGAUGGAUGCAAUGCAUCAUCCUGGGUUUCAUUAUAACCCUGAUGGAGACAAGAAAGAUUCCCAUCAAUCCAAGGAUGGUCCAACCCCUCGUAGAGGACGCAGGAAAGAGCCUCUAUCCAAGUUAUUGAAGCAUGCAAAGCAGAAUGCUGCCAACACCGAAGGCGAAAAGCGAACAAGUCUGGGUGCCACCCUGCUCUCGCCAAUGUCCCAGCUGGCUUUGGGCACCAUCGGUCGCAGCCGCAGCCUCAUCAACCAAUCUCAGGAGUCCCUGGACCCCGGAGAUCACAAUGACCACAGUGACAGAGAAGAGGAGCCACAUCAGCAAGAUGCUGACGAUGAAGAUGACAGCGGCCUGGGAGGUGGAAAACGGCUGCGAGUCCCCGGCAAAAGCAGUAGGAAGCGGCUGAACCCUCAGGCAUCCGUUGACAGUAUAGAACAGUGGAAAUCAUUUAAUAUGAGCACUUCAGACUUACAGAAAGCCAGAGAAUCCCUGGUGAGGGAAGGAAGUCACCACCCGCCGCUCCUCAGGACACGUCGCGUAACGGAGGAGCCUCCAGACACCACCACUCCCUCCGUAGUAGUCACAGAGAGCGACCACUCCGUGAGGAACAUCUGGGCCGACCAUCGCGCUCGCAGAGCCAUGUUCCCCACCCGCCAGAGAACCAUGCAGCCGGAGGAUGAGGACGAGGACAUCUAUCAGAUGUUUGUCCCAACGGAGCAGAGCGGACCAGAACCAGAGGUGCCCUCGGAGAGGUCGGGGGCCGCCGCGUCGCCCGCGGCGGCUCGGCCCUGCAGCUGGCACGUCGAACAGCUCCCCACUGUGCAGAUUGACCCUCCGGCCGAUGGGGGCCAAGUCCUGCGGAGGGCCAGCAGCGCAGGGGAGAAGGCGACGGAGGCUCGACAGAGUCCUGACGACGAUCAGGCUGGUAUCGGCAAUUUGGAAGUGAUUCACACCGAGUCGUCCAGCAAUGACAUAUCCGGAUCAUCCUCAGCGGAGCAGCUGACGAUAGACGAUAUUGAGAAUGUGUACGACAACAUCAGCUAUGAGGACCUUAAGAACAUGGGCCUUGUCAGAAGAGACCCUGAGGAAAGCCUGCCACAGAAAGACGCUGCUGCAGAUGCACAGGGUCUCCAGGGCCAGACGUCAAGGGCCGUAACUGCUCCAGAGGCUCCUGUGGUCUCGGAGCCUUCGAUCGAACCAGACAUUUCCUCAGUGAGCAGUCAGUCCGUCACACACGAGGGGAGGCCGGUUGGGACGUUGGAGCUCCAGAUAGUAGAGGAGAAUAUCUACGACACCGUCUGUUUCAGGGAGCCCCCAUCAACAGUGUUGAAAGAAAUGCAUGAAUGUGAUAACCUGAAACGAGACAGUCUGCUGGCCUCUGAACAAGACCUCACUGGAAGCAUUGCGGCGUUUGUCUCCGAGGAGAGCCUCCACUUCGGGGAGGACGAAGGACCAGACCCGUUCCAUCGUGUCCCGUGUCCCUCUGAGCCGGAUUAUUCCUCCUCGUCGGCCUCCGAAACGUUCUCUCGGCGCUCACAGAAAGGGGACAAGAUGUCGGAUCACGUCGACGAGAUCUGGAACGACCUGGAGAACUACAUCAAGGUCAAUGAGAAGAAGGCCGACAAACACCCCGCGGCCUUCCCCGUCAGUGCCGGCGAGUCGCCUAAGAGGGCGAAAACAGCCAAAGCCAAAGACCGCCAUCCAAAGAGCCCCCCUGUAGUUAGUCCUCAAGCGGCCAGACCGCAAACCAAAAGCCCCCCAACACAUCAGCCUAAACCCCCACCUGUCACCUCCAUGCCGUCAUUCACCAUCCCAGUCAUCAACCUCCAGGAACCUUUGAGUGAAGGCCCCACUGUAGAAGAAAUCCACAGCCCUGCUCCUACGACACACCCACUUCCUGUCACCCCAGACCCCCCCGCUGGCACGGUGAAGAGCAUCCGCAACAGACUGGCACGCCUCAGCAGCGGCAGCUUCCGACUGGAGGACGACGACCUGGUGGAGCUUCCUCCACGGAACGUCCCUCAAAAGGACCUUCCCCUCAAGGACCUUCACAGGUUGUUCCCGGGGGAGCUGGCAGGUCUGGAAUCACCACUGGCCUCCUCCUCUCUGCUGUUGGGGGAGUCCGUGGACUUGGAUCUGAUUGAAAAAUCCAAGAACCGGGUGUUCCUGAUGGCCCGGCAGUACAGCCAGAAGAUCAAGAAAGCCAACCAGCUGCUGCGCAUGAGGAGCAUGGACCCUGGAGACGCAUGUGGUCGGACGAGAACUGAGAAGAAGCAGAAAGACCUGGCAGCCAUCUUGGAAGAAAAGAAACAAGGGGGCACUGCCAUAGGUGCAAGGAUAGCAGAGUACUCGCAUCUCUACGACCAGGUAACGUUCAAGGAUCCUCCCGGCCCGACCGGGCCACAUCACGCCCACCCGGGGCUGCUGUCUUCUCCGUCCAUGCCCGAGACGUCCCUGGAGGAGGAGUGGCUCCACUCCACCUACAGCAACGGAGAGCUGGUCAGCUUCAUGUCCUCGUCCAGCGAGUUGGAGGACGCCCGAGCGUCUUCCACGCCGCAGCGCCGCCUCGCCUCCGCCUGCUCCAUCCCGUCCUUCAAGACCUCGCCGCCGUCCCCGACCAACCCGCCGGCCCACAGGUGGAGCUCGUGCGUGUCGGCGCCCAGCGAGCAGCAGCAGCAGGAGGAGGAGGAGGAGGAGCACGUGUACAGCUCCAUCAAGAGACGCCCUUCCUUCAACGCUCCGUCCUCCCCCUCCUUAAAGUCCUCCCCGUCCAGUCACUGGCAGUCACUCGGCUCUCUGGGCAGCAAGCGGCAGGACGGCAGGCAGUCGGGACCCGGAUGCAACGCGCCCACGGACAGACUUCGGGGCCCCAGUCUGGGCCUCGCGGGUCGCCAGAGCAGCCUCCCAGAGCGCCCGACCCAAGGACAGUCCGAGCUCACCUUGCGUGACGGUCAACAGGUGGUGGUCCUGAACCGGGCUUCCGCACUGAGCGUACUCGGCGCCACCCAGAACUACCUGGCCAAUUUCAAGGACGACGGCGAAGACGACGACGACUACGUGGAGAUCCGCUCCGAGGACGAAGGCGAGCGCGAGCAGGACGGGUCGGCGGCCCUUUCCGAUCCCAACCGGGGUCUCGUCCACUCCCGGAGUCUCCCGUGCACGCCGGCGCGCUCCUGCGACCCGCUGAGGUCUCUGGACCGCGAGCAGCUGGAGAAGUACCUGUGGAGCGAGCCGCAGCAGAGCCAACCCAAAAUCGUCCAGUCUUUGAGGGAGAAGUUCCAGUGUCUGAGCUCCAGUAGCUUUGCCUGAGUCUUUUGUGACAAACCAAAAGCCAAAUAAACGCACAGCAUCUAGCAACAAAACGGACACAGCCGCUUUGCCUUGAGGGGCAUCCAUCCACAGACGUAUCACGUCCCUCAGCAGCGUAGCUCUUUUGAUUGCAGCCGUGUUUGUGAAUAGGUUCCUGUCAAUAGUCAAAAGCCUGCAGGUGAGUUGCCUCAGCACCUCAACAUGUUCUCAGUCAUUUGCUUCAUCGUGACUGAGUGGGUUCCAGUAGUCAAAGGAAUUCAAACUCUUGUAGAGGCCAUUGGAGUCAUAUUGAUUGGUUCUGCUUGUGUCAAUAAACUGUUGUACAGUAACAGUAGUUCAGGAUAUCUGUUACCAAUUGUAAGGAAUAAAAUCUUGCCUGUGCCCAUCGUCACAAACCGAAGUAGAAGCUUUAACAAUCUGAGGACCUUUGGCAGAUCUUGACUCACAACGUCGGAAGUACUUCUUUCUCUUAAUUUGCUAUUAAGGUUAUUUUAACUGCUUUCUCAGCACUAAUUGGUCUUAACCUGUUUAGGAGGCGUGAGCCGCAGUGGUGGCUCGUGUUUUUAAUUGUGCUUACGUGAUCAAAUUGCUCUGAACAAGCAGCUUUACAAAGUUGUAUUUGAAAUUCGCUACUCGGGUUUGUGUCACUUUUAACAGCUUUUUAAGCAAUAAUUGUUACAGAAACAAUGCAACUGUAAAGAAAACAUGUUGGUUGAUAUCCAGCAGGAUAAGUAUAACUUCACUUUGACCCGUAGGCAUAAGACCUGUUCAGGUUUUGGGCUUUCCCUCCACCUGCCAUCUUUCUCAUCAAUAGGUUAUCAUGCUUUAAAAUCAAGAGAAGUCUAUAGUUUAGAUAAUCUAUAAUAAACCAUAGGACUUCAAAUCUAUUUUGAAUCUGUCAGUACGUCAGAGAUGUUUUCACGUGUCGCGGUCUGGAGGCGUUCAUCAUGUGCAUUUCAACAAGUGAAUUUUUUUUCAAAUCACACAUGUUUUAACGUUUUGUUUUUUCGAGGGACCAGGAAGGAGAACACGGUUAGUUAAAACAUUACAGUACUGUAUUUUAUGUAUUAUAUGGGUUUUUCUCACAUGCAUUGUCUUUACUUGGUUUACGUUGGGACACUUCCAGCUGUCACACUACUGAUGUUGCAUCCUCAGUCACAGAAAGAAAGUCACAGUGAUCUCAAUCACUUUAAUAAUGUUAUCAAUGUCAAUGAUAAUUGUUUUCUCUCCCAGAAAUCACCACACACUGCCUUUACUCUAAAAAACACUAAAGUUGUCCUAUUUAUUUAAAUGCAUCGCUGUUAUUUGGGCCUUCAUCCCUAUUCAAGACAGACACGUUGUAAAAUAAAUUAUUUAUUAAAAUAUGGUUUUAUUCAGAUUUAAGGUUGCAGACUAAAUUUGAAUCAAAUACUGUGAAUAUUUUCAUCGCGCACUGCUUGACAUGCAAUAAGUUCCAAAUCACAACCUGUAAAAAAUUGAAUAUGACCUUAUCACGGCCUAAUCAUGUUAAUACCCAGCAAUAUGCAUCAAAAGCGAAUUAGGAAUAUGAAGUAUGAUUAUUUUUCAUUGUAUAUUUUGCUCUGUUUCACUGGUGGGGAUUGUCUUCAUUGAGUCUUUUUUUGCACUUUUGUCUUUUUUACAUUUUAUUUGUAAACACUUUGUAAAGAUGUACAUUUUAGAAAGUUAUUCUUGUAUGCAAUAGGUAUGCUCUAUCGUGGUGUCAUGUUUAAGUUAAGUACUGUAUUUUUUUUAACUGCCUAGUUGUUGUCGCUCAACAAAACAAUGCAUUGCAGGUAAUAAAUUCUGAUUAAAUUCA